AAUGUUUACACACAAUGAAUAGCCAUUUGUUUUGAUAAAACAAUAAUAUGACAAAUAUAUAUUGAAUCGUUCGAUAACAGAGCAGACAGUGGUGUUGGACGUGCGAAAGUGUAUAGUUCAAUGUGAUUGGGGCAAUACAAAUAUGUCGAAAACAACGCUACUAUUCCUCUUCAUCAUAUCAUCAUCACAGUCAAACCCGGUGAUGACACGACAGAGUCUACUCAAACAGAUAAACAGAGACCACUUCUGCUCAAAUCUACUUAAUUUCAACAAUUUCUACUACUCUUUAGAAGAGCAAAAGAACGUCAGCGGUAUACCAGCUGACAUGAACAUCCAUUGGAAGACUGGUAAUGUAUUCUUCACGCUAAUAAGUGAAGAAAUGAAAAUGAGUCUUCAAGUACUACGACCGAGUGGUGAAUUUGAAACGAUAAAGGUCGCCGGUUUGGGUCAAUCGACUACUGUCGAUAACCUUAACGACGUUGUUUAUUUGGCCACUGAUAACGGAGUAUACAAAUACAAGGAAGACUCCUCUAUAGAGCUAUACACAGCUUUAGGAGAAGAUGUAAUGUAUGUUGCGGUUAGUAACGAUGGAAGUUCAAUGUAUAUCGCGACGUGGCCUCAGAACAGAGUUCAUAAGAUCACAAAUGACGGACAAAAGCAAGAAAUGUUCUCCGCAAUACCGAACGGUCAUGGAUUAACAGUAGAUACGAGAAAUAAUAUAUAUUUCGUAGCAACAAAGACAUCGUAUAUACUAAAGAAUGGAUACAGCAUUCCUAUAAAGAUUAAAGGUCUUCCAAGUGAUAAAAUGACUGGUGUGUUCGUCAGUAGAUCUGAUGAAGUGUACGCUAUGGAUGAGAAUAGCAAUUUAUAUGUAGUUGAUUCAGAAAGUGCAUCGGCAAGACAUGUAGGGUCCUUCAGUGUCAGUGGAGUGAAUUCUUUCGCUUUAGAUUCAGCUGAUAAUGUUAUGAUUGGUAUAAAAGGCGCCAUUUUGAAGUUUAAUGCGAAUGAAAGAAACCCCUGUCCGGAUUACCAUAAGUAAAGAUUAAGCAAGAAGGGUAAGAGACACAGCAAACGGCGUAAAAAUAAGAAACGUACUACUACUACUACAUCGACCACAGAAGCCACUGAGGAAGAAGAAGAAUAAAAUUAACCUUAACAAAAUAAUUCUUGUGAAAUGCAAACUAGUUAAAAAUAAUGUUUUACCGCCCUCUGUACAUUUUUAUAUAAACUAAAUUGGCACUGAAGAGAUCUCUACUGCCAUCUAUUGGAAUAUCUUCAAACUGUAUACUACUCUUAUUUGAAUAAAACUUUAAUUAUUGUAGAUGGCGUAUAAACGAAGUUGCAUUUUGUUUAGUGUAAAUAAUAAUACCAUUAAAUAAAAUUACAUUUUGUGAAUAAUAGUUAUUUUAAAUAUUUGUAGAUUAUAAGUAAUUAUAAAUAUAAAAUAAGUAAAGAAUUUAAUAUGUAACGGAUUUGUUAAUCUUGUGUGUAUUGAAACGUUGUAUUGACAGUAUUACUAUACUAAUAAAUAUUUCCAGUAAUGAA